AUAAAGACUAUUAUGUUAUAUAGGCAUUAUUUAAAUUAUUACUGAUACAUUCGCUUUAAUGUAAUCAUGAUGAUAUUCAUAAGUUUUACGUUUUCUUGCCUCAUAGGAUUUGUUGUUGCAUUGCCGGCACAAUCACCAGUGAUAAGAAAAUUAGAACCUGGCCUACGAUAUCAAUAUGCGAUCGAUUCAAAAGGUGAAAAUCACCUGGUAGAUUUGUGGAUGACCUUGGACGAUCUGAGACAAGCUGAAAGAUUCAACCCCGUUACAGCCAAUGCUUAUCAUCUAUUUACGAGAGCGAAUCCAACAACAAGCCAGCCGCUGGUUCCAAACAACGCAGCAACUUUACAACAAAGCAACUUUGAUGGAAAAAAACGAACAGUUUUAUUGGUACACGGGUGGAGAGAUUCCGCUUUGUCUGAACUAAAUUCGGUGAUAGUACCAGCUCUCCUAGAUGCAGCAGACUUAAAUGUGAUUGUUGUCGACUGGAGUUCUGGAGCAAGUUCUAUCAAUUUUAGAUUGGUUAUUCUCAACACCAUCUCCUCUGGUAAUGCUGUGGCACAGUUUAUAACGUGGUUGAACCAAGCUAGUGGCAGUGACACAUCACAGUUACAUCUAAUCGGUCACGGGUUUGGUGGUCACCAAGUUGGUAUCAUUGGCAGAAAUUUGGGCGGCACCGUCAAUUAUAUUACGGGCUUAAAUCCUGCUCUCAUUGGUUGGGUCACAAACAUUUACCGCUUUCAACCGAAUGAUGGUGUUUACACAGAGGUCAUUCAUACCAAUUACGGUGUUUAUGGCUACAUAGCGGAGUUGGCUCAGGUUGAUUUUUAUCCCAACGGUGGAAUAUCUAUGCCUGGCUGUGACUCAAAUGAAUGUGAUCACGCCAGAAGCUACUUUUACUUCGCUGAGUCUGUAAGAUCUGGAGGAUUUAAUGGCAGACAAUGCGUGAACUAUGCUGCUGCUGUUAUCGGAAUGUGUGAUAUACUCCCAGGAAAACUUCAUAUGGGAGGUCUUGAACCAAAAAUUGGACGUUCUGGUGUAUAUCUGUUGGAAACGAAUGCGUCCCCUCCAUUCUCACGAGAUUGAUACGAGAGAUACACUUUAAAUGAAAAUACAUGUUAACCAAAUUAAAUGACUGAUUUAUUUAUACGAUAAAAAAACUUACACUAAGCGUUUACAUAACUUAAAGCAAUAAAUAGGAUCAGUGCGUUUUCAACACUCACAUACGGCGGUUAGCUAACGAUGGUUUGUACUUAAUUCGUUGUUUUUUUUUUAUAUCACAGUUGGUUCGGAUGUUUCAAGCUUUUUGGUGCUCUCCUCUGAGAACUAUCUGAUGUAGCUUCAUCGUUUUUUAUUGUAGUUGUCUCUGAAGCAGGUUUGGUAGCAUUAAGUUUAUUAGGUAAAUCUAAGAGACUCGAUAGGAAAGCAACUCCUUGUUCAGCUGUCUGAUAUAUUUCCAUAAUGAACGAUUCAGCGUUGAAACCUGGAGUUUCUUCACCAUUAUCUUCGCUGUCUUCAGUGGUACUGCAAAAAAUAUAUGACUGCUAAUUUUCAUUCAUAUAUGUGCAUAUUUUUGGUUUUAUACCUAUUGCGAAUAUAAGUGAAGUCCAUAUGUCAGCACGCACACACCGGAGCACGACACGCAAUGGAUUAUAUUAAAAAUAUGACAUCAUUGCCAUAAUUAAAACUGACAGUGGCAUUUUUCAUUGAAGCAUCUAUGAAAAACGACUGCAGUGGACGUAUGAUAUCGACAAGUCCGUGCAAUGCGUGUCGUGCGACCGGUGCGUGCAUACUGAGGCAGAGGACGAGUGCCUUAUAAAUACUAAAAGACGCUUCCUCGAAAACGUUUUUUGAUUUGUUUUAAAUUAUUUCGGUACGUGUUUUGUAAUUAGCUAACAAGUAUUCUGAGGCAGCCUAUAGGUCUUACAUAAAAAUAUUUUUAUUGCUAUUAUUACCUUCACAUUGAUAUGAAAUUAUGCAUAUUUUUUUUUAUACAUUAUUUAAAUCUUUAUAAAUUUAAGUGUUUAACUGUUUCCCUCAUUUGUAGAUUGAAUAUUAUGUUUUAGAAUAUUAUUCUUACUUGAUUAAAAUUUUAAUUGAAUUGCAUAUUUUUUUUACUUACGAUUCUGUUUCUGCUGGUGGGUCUUCCAUUUCCAUUCCUCCGGACUUUGACUUAAAGCAGCCGAUAGGGAACUCCAACUGCUUGUCGCCAAAGAUUCGAGGCUGCAGCUCCAGACAACCUCUUAGACCAUCAGCAGUCGGCGCCAUAUCGCUGAACUUAGCGCACACUUGAGCGAAUUUGCCGAUAACUUCGAGACAUAUAGGAUCAGGGUUCGUGCCUGUGAGAAACGUAUAGCAAUUAUUUAGUUUUUUUUUGUAUCUGCUAAAAUUGUAUGUGCAAAAAGUCUUUCCACCUUUUUUGGUGGUUUAUAUCUUGAGAAAACUUUAUUUUGCUCUAUUCAUUGAUGCAAGUUCAUGAUAUAUCGGAAACUACAUAUUUCACGCUCUCAAUUACGAAACGAUUAAGAAAAUAAUACGAUUUGUUAUCUUUGUUGUUUCAGAUAAGGGAACAUACUCUUCUUUAGCUUUUUAUUCUGGCUUAUGAGCAAUGUUGUUGUCUAAUUUGAUAUACCUAUAAAAUAAAAAAGUAGACUUUUUAAAUUGAUAGACUUGUAUAAGUAAUAUAAAUAAUGACCCAACAACCCGCGCCAACCAAAACUUGAAUUGCAAUUUCUAAUAAUAUAUUAACUAGCGAUUUCACCACUAGAAGAACUUUCUCUAUAGAAAGUCUAACUUUUGCCAUUAAGAUUUGAAUCUAGGUUUCCUACAUAAUAAUAUAUGGGUAUUUUUACGACUGGUUUGCAAAUAUAAUCUAAUGAUUUAAUAUUUUUCGUUUAGAACUACUAAAGAUUUAGAAAGUCAAAUAAAUUAUGGUGAGAAAUUUGUAUAAUUUAUUUAUUUAACUUUAUUGACCAAUACAAGUAUGCUACAAAAAGCGGACUUAAUGUUAAUGGCAUUUUCUCAAUCAACCUUUGGGAAAAUUGAC